AAAAGGUUUUGGAUAAAAUGGAUAACCCUCAAGAAGAAGCUGCUGAAGAAGAAACCUCAUCCUUCGAACGUUAAGAGGAAGAAGAAUAAGAGAAAUCGAUUCGUGGUUUUGGGAAAAUUCAAUGGCGGUUUCUACUGUAUCGUCGUUUCUAUUGCCAUCUUUCGGCAUUCCAAGCUCUUCGCCUUCUUCUACCAGACUCAAAGUCUCUCUGCUGCCUUCAUCUUCUACCCAUGGCGGCCUUAGUUCCUGCGUCCUUACGAAACCAUCCGUCUCGCUUACGAAGGUCUUCGCUGUUCCCGAUACCCUAGAUCCAACUCCAGAAAUUCUCGAUGAACCCGCCUCUGAGGUUCCGAGCUCUUCAUCCAUCAGUGUAGACGCGGAUAAGAUGGCGCCAAAGCAAAAGAUUAGGAUCAAGCUUAGAUCAUACUGGGUGCCUCUUAUUGAGGACUCAUGCAAGCAGAUACUUGAUGCUGCGAGAAACACCAAUGCAAAGACGAUGGGUCCUGUUCCAUUGCCAACCAAGAAGCGUAUCUACUGUGUUCUCAAGUCUCCUCACGUUCACAAGGAUGCUAGGUUCCAUUUUGAAAUCCGGACACACCAGCGCAUGAUUGAUAUUCUCUACCCGACUGCUCAAACUAUCGAUUCUUUGAUGCAACUUGAUCUUCCUGCUGGUGUCGAUGUGGAAGUGAAGCUCUGAAGAAGAAGCGUAACUACAAUGAUGUGAUGGGCACUUUUGCAUUGAAUGAACAGACUGUUUCAGAUCAACUACAUUGCUUAGAACUGGUAAGCCUUGUAUCAUCUUUUUUGAGAACCUUUGUAACGAAAAUGUAAGUUGUAUUAUCUGGUCCUUGGAAUCUAUCUUUAGCGAUGCUUGGUUCUUAGUUGAUGAACAUAUCCUUAAUUAAGCAAGUUCAAAGGAAUUUGUUUUUGUUUUACUAAUUGUUAUGCAGUUUGCCUGUGUCCAUUAUGAUAAGUUUUUUUAUUUUUGUUGUAUUCAAAGUGGAAUCUUUUUUUUGAAUAUAAGUAUUAUAGUAGUAUUAUAGUAGGAAUAAGAAGAUGCACAACUUGAGUUAUUUUAAAACCAGGAGGUUGGAAUCUUGAAAGCGACUUCAUUAUUAUAAUAAACGUAUAAGUUCGUUUAUCCACAAACUCAAUAGGGAAAUUAUAAUUUUUUGUCACAACACAUUUCAUUUAUCAAUUAUCCUCUAGACUCAGUUCGUCUCUUUUCUUAGCAGCCAAUUAAAACCUGCAAGUGUUGUUUUACCAGUCUUUCCUUUCCAAGCUUACGAAACGAUCCAAGGGAAAAAACAGUAAUGGUUUCGAAUUUAUGUCUGAUAAGUCGAUGGCGCUUUUUCUUAUCUAAUUUGGAAUUUUGGAUGAUGCAGAAAUUGUCAACCCCCCAAUAUUAUAAAGUUGAAGAAUAUUCUUUUCCAUGUUCAAUCAUACACACAACUAUAUCAUUAUUUUAAUCAUAUGAAAUGGUUUUUGGUAUAGUAAGAAGUGGUUCAU